AUGGCAUCCUCCAUGGCUGUUACAAUUUUGCUACGCCUGCUCAAAGAUUCAAGAAGAGGCUUGUUUUUCGUACCUAUUUUCUUGGCUUUUGGGACCUCCUUUUUCAUUUUCUUGUCCAUAUCUUCUACCUUGAAACAUGAUAUUGUUCCAGGGCAAACCCGGCUUCAUGUGAAUCUUCCUCUCGAGUUCUCAAAACUUAAUCCAGAACGUGUGCAUCCUCUCUUGAUUAAAAGAGUUUCAUUCGAGGAACGGACUAACAGUUCGGCUCUUGAUGAAAUCCCGGGUUCGACAAAUGACAGUGAAGAUGAUGCUAAAGUUCAAGAACCAGUGGGAUUCAGUGAAAUCCCUCCUUUAUCAAAUGUUAGCAAGGGUGAUGUUGAUCAUUUUCAGUUGUCAAGUGGAAACAAAGAGAGUAACAAUGAAGUAUUUCAUGACAUAACUCUCUUCGAGGAAGACUACAAGGAAAUGAACAAAAGCUUAAAAAUCUACGUAUAUCCCCACACGAAAAAUGAUCCCUUCGCAAAUAUUCUUCUCCCGGUGGACUAUGAACCUAGUGGCAACUAUGCAAGUGAAAGUUAUUUCAAGAAAUCUCUAUUCAAAAGUCAUUUCAUAACAAAUGACCCUUUAGAAGCAGACCUUUUCUACAUGCCAUUUUCAAUAGCAGGAUUGAGACAUGACAAGAGAGUUGGUGUUGGAGGGAUUAAGAAAUUCAUCAAAAAUUAUGUCGACAACAUUAAUGUUAAGUAUCCUUAUUGGAACCGAAGUGGUGGCGCGGAUCAUUUCUACGUGACUUGUCAUUCUGUGGGGAGAACAGCCAUGGAAGAAGCUGUUGAAGUGAAACUGAAUGCAAUUCAAGUUGUUUGUUCAUCAAGUUAUUUCCUUUCGGGGUAUGUUACUCAUAAAGAUGCAUCCAUUCCACAGAUUUGGCCAAGGAAAGGGGAACCCCCAAUUCGUGCACCAUCUCAAAGGAAAAAGCUAGCUUUCUACGCCGGAGCAAUGAACUCUCGUGUUCGACAGUUUCUUGUUAACGCCUGGCAAAACGAUUCCGGCAUGUCCAUCCAUCGUACUCGCCUGAAAACGCCGUAUUCAGAAGCACUUUUAGGUAGCAAAUAUUGCAUCCACGCCAAAGGAUUUGAAGUAAACACAGCUCGUAUUGGUGAUGCUUUAUACUACGGCUGUGUCCCUGUGGUUUUGGCAGAUCAUUAUGAUCUCCCAUAUGCUGACAUUUUGAACUGGAACAGCUUCUCUCUUGUCCUUUCAGAGAUGGAUAUUCCAUUGUUGAAGAAAAUACUUGAAGGAAUAGAGUUGGAGGAGUACUUGAAGUUGCAGAAUAAUGUAAUGAAAGUGCAGAAGCAUUUUCAAUGGCAUAAUUUUCCAGUUGAUUUUGAUGCUUUUCAUAUGGUUAUGUAUGAGUUAUGGCUUAGAAGAAGUCAUCACCGCAUCUCCGGCGCUACAUUUCCAACGGAUUCCAAAUCAAACCCUUCAGCGUGCGAUCCAUUUCCCCCAAAGUUCUCUGCUCUAUGUCGCGAAGCUAUGAACCAUAAUCCCUUUCCCCCAAAGUUCUCAGCGUGCAAUCCAUUUCCCCCAGCGUGCGAUCCAUUUCAUCUGAAGUCGGUUCCUGCUGAUGUUCCAACGGAUGAUGUGAACUUGGAGGAUAUCUUUGACGAAAUGUAUGACAUGGGAGAAUCGAAAUCUGCCAAGAUGAGGGUGGCAAGGGCCAAAAAACGAUGGCGGGCUAAGCUGUCGACAUCAGCAUGCACACAUCCAUCAGGGAAUACCCUAGAGGCACAGAAAAUUAAGCAUUGCUGA